CAAUGUCUUGCAGGCCAGAGCAUUCUUUCAGUUGCCAUUCGGCGGAAUUCACGGGAUUAUUGCACAACUGAUCAUGGAGAAACCUUAUAUACUUGUCAAUACCAACAAAGAAACACAAGGGCUCUAUCCAUGUUUCAUACCCAUGCUUGAGGAACACUUCACUGUAAUUCCCUUUGAGACAAAAGAAGACUUUGCAGACAAGAUCCAGGCUGUAUUUUUGUUUGGACAGGUAACUGCUGAUAAGAGUAUUUUACAGUUAUUGCCUAACCUGAAAAUCGUGGUGAAUGGUGGAGUUGGGGUGGACCAUUUGGAUAUACCACUAAUCAAAAGCUUUGGAGUUAGGGUUUGCAACACUCCACAUGUUGUUGACAAUGCCACAGCAGACAUGGGCAUUGGCUUAAUGUUAGCAUCUGCAAGGAGGAUACCUCAUGGCCACAAUUUUUCUCUUUCCCAUGAAUCCGAUUAUUUGCCAGAGGAAUCCAUGGGCACUGAUGUCAGUGGUGCCACAUUGGGCAUAAUUGGAAUGGGAAGGAUAGGAUACAAGGUGGCCAAGAGAGCACAGGCAUUUGACAUGAAAAUUCUCUAUCACAACAGAAACCGCAGAAAAGAGGAAGAGGAGAAGGCAGUGGGGGCCACUUACUGUCAGACGAUGGACGAGCUGCUGCAGAAAUCUGAUUUUGUCAUGGUGGUGGUCAACUUGUCUCCUCAAACUCAUAAACUGAUUGGCACUAAGGAGCUGGCAAUGAUGAAGCCUAACAGCACUCUCAUUAAUAUCAGCAGAGGCUUGGUAGUUGACCAAGAUGCAUUGGUGGAUGCUCUUCAGAGGAAAAUCAUACGAGCUGCUGCACUGGAUGUUACAUACCCAGAACCGUUGCCCAUUGGACAUCCUCUGCUAGCUUGUCCAAAUGCGAUCGUCCUACCUCACAUGGGAACUCACACCGUGGAGACAACCCGGAAAAUUGUUGAAAGAAUGAUAAUCAACGCUCUGGCUGGACUCAAGGGGGAGGAGCCACCCGAUGACCUCAAAGCAUAGGAGCUCCUAGUAAUAUGAAGAAGAGGAUCUGUCCCUCAUAAUCUUCAAACUAACUUUGGCAUCAGAAUUUUUAUUGGUUUAUAGGGCAGUUUAUGACCAGAAUACUGUUCAUUUCCAUAGCAAUUUUUUUUACAAAUCUUCAAGUUUUUGCUGCUAACAAAGAAAGACUUUCUGCUAACCCAUGUUUUUUUUUUUCCCCAAAACUAAUGUGGAAACCUUAUCCUGUGACAGCCACUGGCUGAUAUGACAUACUGUGUACACUCAUUUUAAGAUGAAGUAG